AUGGAGGAGAUUCAGAUGAAAGAAGCCCAGAUAAAUGUUCAGCUUGAGGAUUUAAAACGUUUGAGUAAUGAGGUUGGAACUAUUAAAAAAUCUUCUUCAAGUGAAUUUGCUAAGGUGGAGCAUGUUAAAAAAUGGUCUGAUCUUUUUGCAAAAAAAGUUGAUUUAAUGGCAAAUGACAUUAAGUCAGUUGCCAGUUCAGUUGCUUCCACUGAUUCAAAAAUUAACAUUUGUAAUGAAAGGAAUGCAAGAAAAAAUAACAUCAUUGUCUUCAAUCUUGUGAAAAACAAUCAUUUCUCGAAAGCAAAAGAUAAGGAGAUAAUGUCUGGCCUUUUUAAGGCUUUGCUACCUGAAACUGAUAUUAGUAAGGAGAUAGGAGAUAGAGGAGCUCGUGGUACACAGCAGCCCCACAUUUUGGACUUGGUAAUCACUGAUGUAGUUAUCAUCAAAAACAUAUCCUGUUUGGCAUCAGUGGGAGCGGGUGACCACUCUGUUCUUUCUAUGAAGAUUUGGCUGCAAUUGUUGGGAUUUGUUCAGGUCGUUGAGAAACAGGAUAAGAAAGAUAACAAAAGAUUUACAUAA